GUAGUAAUAUAUUUGGUUUUUUUUUGGCGGCUUACAAUAGCUUGUCAAUGCGCGGUAACGAUCCGGGACCGUAACUCCGUUAAUUUUCCGGUAAUUGACACACACGCAAUAGGGACCGUCUUUUAGGGACCAAAACCAUGGGCGCAACAAAGGAAUAUUCGUGCCAUAGUUUCCAGAGCGGUCGCCAGGUCAAUAGCAUUAAGUUGCGUGUUAAUUUGAUAAUAGUCACGAAGUGGAAAACUAAAAGUAAACACCUUAUCUUAUCCACCCGAAAGGUCACCCCUGGUGUCCCAUUAAAUUUUGCCUACUCAAUAUCUUUAAAAUGUGGUUUAUACUUCUCAUUGUCACCAUCUGUCUGCUGUGGCUAAAUUCGAGGAAACCGAGAAACUUUCCUCCCGGUCCGGCAUGGCUACCAAUUAUCGGUUGUGGUCUGGAACUGAACCGGUUGCGCCAGAAGUCCGGUUCCAUGUCAAAAGCGGUCGGGGCGCUCGCUUUAAAGUACGGGCCGGUGGUUGGGGCACGGGUUGGUGUUGAUCGAGUAGUCUUCGUCUGCGGGCCAAAAGAGUACAGGGAGUUUUCGUCCAGGGAAGAGUUUAAUGGUAGGCCUAACACCAUCUUUUAUACAUGUCGGACCUGGGGUAAACCGAGGGGGGUUCUAUUUACUGACGGUGAGUUCUGGGAGGAGCAGAGGGCGUUUAUCAUGAAGCAUCUGAAGGAAUUUGGAAUGGGAAAAAAGAGCAUGUCCGACAUGAUUGAAGGGGAAUGUCAAGCGAUGCUCAACGACAUUGGAAGAAAGAUUGACGACGGUGGAGGGGAAUGUGUUCUGCGGGUGGACAACAUGUUUGGUGUUUACGUACUAAACACGCUAUGGACUAUGUUGAGCUCUAGAAAACAUAGUCCAGAUGAUAAGCAAGUAAAACACCUACAGCAUUUAAUAACAGAUCUAGUAUCCAACGUCCACAUGGAUGGUGCACUAUUCAGUCAUUUCCCAAUCUUACGAUAUAUCUGCCCUCAGUACUCCGGAUACAGCAACUUUGUUAAGAUCCAUCAGCAGAUCUUGGAAUUUGUUCGUGGCGAAGUAGAAGAGUGCAAGAGAAGUUUCGAUUCGUUAGAUCAUCGUAGUCUGAUAGAUUCCUACUUGGACACACUAAAAUCUCCAGAUACAAAAACCAGCUUCUCCGAGGACCAACUGUUGGCCAUCAGCUUAGAUCUCUUUAUGGCCGGAACUGAAACAUCUGCCAAAGCUCUGGCUUUUGCUUUUCUCUAUCUCACCCUAAACCCCGACAUCCAAACAAGAGCCCAAGAAGAAAUUGACGCAGUCCUUGGCCGGCACAGACUCCCAACCUUGGAGGAUCGGUCGCGCUUAAAGUACGUAGAAUGCGUCGUUUUGGAGUCGAUACGGAUGUUUGCUGACCUCGGUUUUUCCUUACCAUACAGAACCCUAAAAGACACGCACCUCAACGGAUAUUUCAUACCGAAGGACACAAUUAUCAUUGGAAGUCUACGAGGUGUCCUAAUGGAUGAGAGUUCUGGAUGGACAAACCCGGAAGCCUUCCAACCCGAGCGCUUCAUUAAGGAUGGUCGAGUCCAAAUCCCAGAGAACUACAUCCCUUUUGGUUUGGGCAAACGUAGAUGUUUGGGGGAGACUUUGGCGAAAGCGAACGUUUUCUUGUUCGUUGCCGGUCUUCUUCAACAAUUUAACUUUUCCAUUGUGCCUGGUGAGCCCCCUACGGAGGAAACCGUCGAUGGUAUGGUUCCUACUCCGAAACCGUUUGUCGCGUUGGUUACUAGGCGAUAAUAAUAAGCACAUUAAGUACACAUCUUUGGCUAUUAUGUGUUCCUGAUGCUCAAGUAUUAGGAGCACAGAAAGUUUAAGCUUUGUAACAACCCAAAUGUCUCUUCAGUAUACUUUUAAAGAUGUG